AUGGCAACAAGUGCUCUUUUGUUGUCCCGGCAGUGUCCGCGGUUACUAGGUGCAGGCACUCGCGCCCUCGGUUCGGGUGCUGCAUUGAGGGGAGGGAUUCGGCAACAUGAGAUGUUCAAUCGGUCUAUCAUUACGAUGUCGGGGUCAUCGAGAGCUUCAAGGGCAAAUGCUUGCUUCAUGCGUGGCGCAAACGCAGGCUAUACACAGAUACUCGGCCAACGGAAGAGAUGGACUGCGAACAAGAGUCAAGUAGACCAGACACAAGAGCCUACAAAGGGUCCUGUACCCGACGCAGAAAAGUCGCGGAUACAAGUCCCUCAAAAGACCCGCGAAAACAUCUACACCAUCCCGAACAUCCUAACCUUCUCUCGCCUGCUUGCUGCCCCCGCUGUGGGGUAUUUUCUCGUCCAUCACUACCACGCUGCUGCGUUGUCCUUGUUUGCCUAUGCUGGUGUCACGGACCUGAUUGACGGGUACAUCGCGCGUCGAUGGAACCUACAGACGGUCGUGGGAACUAUUAUCGACCCAAUGGCCGACAAGCUCUUAAUGACCAUUGGUGUUGCUUGCUUAGCAGUAAACGGAUCUAUUCCCGUCUGGCUCGCCGUGAUAAUCCUGGGCCGCGAUGUAGGCCUGGCAUUAUCCGCAAUUUACUACCGCUGGAUCUCCCUCCCGCCGCCCAAAACAAUGGCCCGGUAUUGGGACUUCUCGCUCCCCUCUGCAGAGGUGAAACCAACCGAAAUCUCCAAGAUAAACACCGCAUUGCAGCUUUUGCUCGUUGGCUCUGCGAUCGCUCUGCCUGUGCUCCCGGAGACGUUCUUGGAUGCUUGGCAUCUUAAAGAGGCUAUGACUGGAUUUCAAUACCUCGUCGCAGGAACCACCAUCUGGUCCGGUCUCAGCUAUGUAUUCUCGAAGAACGCGGUUAAGAUCUUGACUAAGGAAGAAGUUCAGAAAAGGAUUGCUAGAGCUAGUGCGAAGAAAUCUUCUUAA